AAACAUGUUGUUCCUCUACAUUCAAUCAGCUGCUCAGACAUGAAGCGCUCUGUCGUUUUAAUCCUGGUGCUCAACAUUGUCUGUGCCUUCACACCAACGUGGGUGUUGGUGCCAACAGCUGAGGGUUUAUAUCCAGAGCAUACACUCUAAGUGAGAGGAGCCUGUGGGGACUCACCAAGAAUAUUGUUCUGGUUAAAUCCAGUGUAAAAGCCUGUAUUUGCAGCCUUAAAUCAUUUGUUCUUCGGUUUUGUCUGUGUACAUAUCUAAAAAUGUAUAUGUUCAUCACAUCACAUGAAUCAGAAAAAUAUCUGUCAGAAUAAAUGUAGGUAUGAAAUCAUACUGGAUAAUUAAUUAAUCACUGAAGAUGAACUGUUGGCAAAUUCAUUUAUAUUUAACUAUGCAAUACACAUAUGCCAACUGUAAUAAAGGGUCACAAGUAGAUUUGGUUUCAUUUUAAAAUCUUUACAAACCAAAAGGGUAGAUAGUACAAAAACAGAACCCACGCAGGCACAGGGAGAACAAACUCCACACAGAAAAGCCCCGGGCUCGAACCCGGAACCUUCUUGCUGUGAGGCAACAGUGAUAACCACUGCAGCACCAUCCCACUGCUUUACUGUGGGAUGGUGCUGCAGUGGUUAUCAGCAAUUAUUUAUUCUAUUUCUGUUUAGUAUUAUGUCUUCUUAUUACUUGUGCACAAUAAAUUACUGCACUCCAUUCAUCUGACAGCUGUAGCUACUUGGCAGAUCAAAAUUUUACACAGUCAGUUUAUAAACUCAGAUUAUAGAAAAAGCAGCUGAAAUUAGUAGUUUUUACUUUUGGACAUUUUGCAGAAACACUUUACUCAUAGUAAUUUUGAUAUAAGAUUUUAUUUGACAUGAUUGUAUUGCUUCCUCCUCCACAGGAACAGGGAAGUAGUAUUAUUAAUGCAAUACCAACAAGACCAUGGAAAUUUAACACUGUUUGGAGACUGACAGAAGUGCCACACCUGCGUGCUCUCUAUGGUCACGGUUUGUGUCGUUGCCAGUUUAGUUCCUACGAUGGUCAUGAUGCUGUGUACGUGGAGCAGUACUACUUUAACAAGAUGUUGGGAUUGCAAUACAACAGCACUCUGGGGAAAAUUAUCGGCUACACAAAGAAAACAAAAGAAAUUGCAGAUUUCCUCAACAGAGAUGCAAGAUUUUUGAAUCAUGAGAUAUGGAAAACACAGCUUUGCAAAAGAAAUGCCCCACUGUCAUAUAAAGGCCUUUUGAACCCAGUUGAGCCCUACACCAAACUACACCCCAUGCUCAUCUGCAGUGUGUACAACUUUUAUCCAAAACAAAUCAGAGUCACAUGGCUGAGAGACGGAAAGAUUGUCACUGCUGAUGUGACGUCAACUGAUGAGCUGCCAAAUGGGAAUUGGCUCUACCAGAUACACUCUUAUCUGGAGUAUACACCCAGACAUGGAGAGAAAAUCACCUGUAUGGUGGAGCACGCUAGCCUCAUGAGGCCCAAACUUUAUGACUGGGAGCCUGUGUCUGACCCGGGGAUGAAUAAGAUCAUGUGCGGGUGUUGGUGCCAACAACUGAGGGUUUAUAUCCAGAGCAUACACUCUAAGUGAGAGGAGCCUGUGGGGACUCACCAAGAAUAUUGUUCUGGUUAAAUCCAGUGUAAAAGUCUGUAUUUGUAUCCUUAAAUUAUAUGUUCUUUUCCCUGUUUUGUCUGUGUACAUAUCUAAAAAUGUAUAUGUUCAUCACAUACUGUAAAUUAGCCUGAAAGCUGUACAAUAAAUGUAAAUCUCUAUAUAUAACAUGUUGUGAACAACUUUAACCUUUGCUCCAGGUUGUUUGAGCUUGUUCAGACGAACCCAUCGAAAAUGAUCACCCGCCUCCACCCCUGCCCUCAAAACUCUAUGGAGCCUCUUUUAACUUGUUUCCAAUCUGUAAACUCAGCUCUCAGUAACCCUGUUUCCACCAGCAGCAGACCACUAUGACAGUUUACAGAAAAAGCUGGAGGCUAACUGGUGAACAUAGUGGAGCAUUUAGCAGCUAAAGAGCUGGAUAUUUCCCUCAGGAGUUGGUGGAGACUUGCAGAGAUAAAAGGAGAGUGAAGACUGGACUUAAAUACAUCAGGUGGUAGAAACAUGACUUCAAAUGAACAAUACAGUUGUGCUGAUGUUGUUCACUAAGUGCAACACGUUCACCUUAAAAACGUAAAAUGAUAUGUGAGGCAUUGUGUUUUCAGCUUUUUCUUAAUACCUGUAAACUUUUUUUGCACAUUCAUAGGUAUAAAUACAAUAAUGUAUGAUAAUGCAUAAACUAGUCUUUACUGAGAAGAACUCUAAUCAGACAGCAUAAUUCCUGUGUGGGUGGACUACGGAGCUCUAUUGAGUUAAGUAAACACUUCAUAGUACAUUCAUUCAUUGAUCAUCAUUCUCAGUCACAAGACGUCAAGCUCAUGAAGACGAACUCGUGUUUAUAAUUUUCCUAAUGGCUCUGAGAUGAAAAACAGAAAUCUGUAUUUACCUGUAAUUAAUAAAACUCAUUUGUUGACAGAGACAUGGGUUGACAGUAAUGAUAAAAACACUGCACUAAAAGGACUCCACCAAGUUCCUGUGUGAUGUUUUACAGUUUGCCAGCUCUUAUUCAAGCAUACCCUGUAUAACUGAUGAGUCAGUGUCUGGCUUUAUGUCAAAAAAUAUUAGAUUAGUUCUGGAUUAAUAGAAAUAAAACACUGUCAAAUUUUGUUUGUCAGUGCUUCUGUUUAAAUGCUCUGUAAACUGGACGUCUAGCACCACCUGGAGCCUGAUAUGGGAAAUUUCUUACAUGAAAUUAUUAACAUA